UAUCUGUCAUUUUCUCUGUGUGUGACAAAAUUUAUAUUUUCGCUAUAUUUGUUAUUUCAGUUAAGAUAUUAAAGAAACGUUAUUAAUAAACUUAAUAAACAGUGUGUUUACAAUAUCUAAUUAGCAGUUAAAUCUGCUCACUGCAGCAGGACGAAUUUUAGAUAGUGUAGUUUUCAGCGGAAGUUUCAGACAAGGAAAACAACGGACCUGUAAAAAAUGCCUGCGUAUCAUUCAACUUUAACGGACUACACUCAGUCGAUCGGCAACCUGGCGCUGUUGCCGCUGCGUACGGCCAACCGGGGACCCGCCCCGAACAACGCUAAGUUAGAGCUGGACAUUAUCGAUGAAGCACUUAAUUAUUUUAAGGCUAAUGUGUUUUUUAGGUUCUAUGAAAUUAAGUCUGACGCUGACAGAGUACUCAUCUACCUAACCCUGUACAUCUCCGAGUGCCUGAAGAGGCUUCAGAAAUGCUCCAACAAGAACCAGGGCCAGCAGGAGAUGUACAUGCUGGCCAUAUCCAAGUUUGACAUCCCUGGGGAAGCAGGAUUCCCGCUCAACUCUGUGUAUGCCAAGCCCUCUAGUCCUCAAGAAGCUGAUUUGAUGAGACAGUAUUUACAGCAACUGAGGCAUGAGACUGGUGCUAGAGUCUGUGAAAAGGUCUUUGCUACUGAAGAUGGCAAGCCCAGCAAAUGGUGGCUCUGUUUUGCCAAGAGGAAAUUUAUGGACAAGUCCCUCUCCGGACCAGGACAGUAAAAUACAACACAGAACAUUUAUGUACUCUCUUUGUAUUU